AGAGCUAAGCCGUUGGGGUGGAAGGACCAUGACGCUGCUCGGCUCGCCAACGGUGCGGUAAUGUUGGUCCGAGGCAAAGUCAAGACUGUUACCGAUUCCCUCCGAUCUGCAGGAAUGUCUGGCAAGGCAUUUCCACUCGCAGUGAAUUAAAGGCUGGCCAAUCAAAAAUGUGGAGUGCGAGAUUGGGCGAUGGCAGGUUGGCGCUGGUCUUGGUCGUGUGGCAGGUCGCGGCGUGCGGCGUGGCGUGCCAGGGUGUGGGGCGGUACAGCGGCGGCGACAAGUGUGAGAGCCGCGCCCUCAGUGCUCGAGAGCGCGCCCUCUCCUGCUCCCUCAAGGCGCUGGAGCAGGAGACGCGAGUGGCCAACCUGAGCCGAGUGGCGGCCGACAGUGUGGUGCGCCUCAGCCUCGGCUGUAACGCGAUGUUCUACUUCCCCAGUGUGUUGUCCCCGCACACCCUGUCUGGCUUCGUCAGGGUGCGGGAGCUCAAUGUGGAGUUCUGCAAACUCAGUGAACUGGAAGAUAAUGUGUUUAUUAACCUAAAAAAUCUUAGAAACCUAACCAUACGGACUAGAAACUGGGACUGGCCGCGGCACAGCCUCGACCUGCGACCAGAUGUGUUCCGUCCUCUGCACCAGCUACAGCGGCUCAACCUCAGCACCAACAGCAUGUGGGAGCUGCCAGCUGGUGUCUUCUGCCACCUGGGCAGCCUCAAACAGCUCAAUCUAAGUCAUAACCACCUGCAACAAAUGACACAGCUGGGGUUUGGAGAGAGCGGGGCUGGCAGGGGCGGCCCAACCUGCCGCUCUGGCCUGCGUUCCCUGGACCUCUCACACAACGACGUGACGGAGCUGGUGUCUGGCGCUCUGCAGGGCCUGUUCCGCUUGCAGGAGCUGUGGCUACACCACAACGAUCUGGCCAAGCUGGACGACGACGCCUUCAAGGGCCUCUCUGGCCUGCACGCCCUCGACCUGUCUCAUAACAGGCUGGUGGCGCUGCCCGAGGACGCCUUCGUACACACGCCGGAGCUGGAGUCGCUGCACGCCAGCAACAACUCGCUGGCCGUGCUGGCGCCGGGCAUCUUCCGCUCCCUGAAGCACCUGGUGGAGCUCGACCUCUCCCACAACGAACUCAAGUCUGAGUGGCUCACGUCCUCCAUCUUCGAGGGCCUCAUCAGACUGCGGGUGCUGAGUCUCGCCCACAACAAGAUCACGCAGCUCAGCCAACAGGUCUUCCACAAUCUAUACGGCCUGCAGGUGCUGCAGCUGUCCCACAACCAGCUGGCUACCAUCCCUGCAGCUGCAUUUGUUCGCUGUGUCAACCUGCACCAGCUGGAUCUCUCUUACAACCAGCUGACGGCCAUCCCUGACCGCGCCUUCCAGGGCGUGGACGUGCUCAGCUUUCUGGCGCUGGACAACAAUAGGAUCAGCGAGGUGGCGGCUGACUCCCUCGACAACCUCACCAACCUGGCAGACCUCAAUCUCAAUGGCAACCAGCUGACAGCCAUCCCUGAUGUGGUGGGGCGCCUGGGGCUGCUCAAGACGCUAGACCUGGGAGAGAACCACAUCACCUCGCUGGACAACAUGCCGGUGAAGGGGUUGCAGUUCCUGUACGGUCUGCGCCUCGUCAAUAACAGGAUCUCAGGCAACAUCUCCAAGGAGACGUUCAGUGACAUCCCCUCCCUUAAGAUACUCAAUUUAGCAAAGAAUUCCAUUACCCACAUUGAAAGUGGAACCUUUAAUAAUCAUCACAACCUGCAGGCGGUGCGUCUCGAUGCAAACAAGCUCACCAGUAUUCAUAAUUUGUUUGAAAAUCUUCAAAAUUUGGUGUGGUUAAAUGUGUCUGAUAAUAACAUAGAAGUUUUUGAUUACCACUUUAUACCAGUGAGUCUCCAGUGGCUGGAUUUACACAAAAACAGAAUAAGUGAGUUAAGCAACUACAACGACAGGCAAGACCUCAACCUGCAGACGCUGGACGCGAGCUUCAACUCCCUGGAGUACAUAAGCAACAUCCAGAUCCCGGAUAGCGUGCAGCUGCUCUUCCUCAACGACAACAAGAUCAACACCGUGGAGCCCUUCACCUUCUUUAAGAAGGAAAACCUUACCAGGGUGGAUUUGUUCGCCAACCAGCUGUCCAAGAUGGACAUGUCUGCGCUGCGCCUCAGCGAGAUUCCUGCCAACAGGUCCCUGCCUGAGUUUUAUCUGGGUGGUAAUCCGUUCGUGUGCGACUGCAAGAUGGAAUGGCUGCAGCGCAUCAACGGCCUGGAGCACGAGAGGCAGAACCCAAUCAUCAUGGACCUCGAGACCAUCUACUGCCAGAUGCCCUUCGCACGUACAGGUGCCUUCAUCCCACUGGUGGAGGUCAAUCCCUCGCAGUUCCUGUGUCAGUACGAAACUCACUGCUUCGCGCUGUGCCACUGCUGUGAGUUUGACGCCUGUGACUGCGAGAUGACGUGCCCUGACGGCUGCGGCUGUUACCACGACCAAUCGUGGCGUUCCAACAUCGUGGACUGCUCCCUGCAGGACGUGCAACAAGUGCCUGAGCGGAUCCCGAUGGACGCCACGCAAGUGUACCUGGACGGCAACAACCUCAAAAACCUCUCCUCGCACUCUUUCAUCGGCCGCAAGCACCUGCAGGUGCUGUACGUGAACGCGUCCAGCGUCAAGACGCUCGACAACGGCACCUUCAGCGGCCUGACGCGGCUCACGGCGCUACACCUUGAAGACAACCUGCUGGAAGCCCUGAGGGGUAACGAGUUCCAGGGGCUGCAGGGCGUGCGGGAGCUGUACCUGCACAACAACCACCUGCGCUACAUCCACCAGCACACCUUCGCCACGCUCUUCCACCUGGAGACGCUCACGCUCCAGAACAAUCUGCUUACCAACUUCCCCGUGUGGCGCCUGGUGGACAACCCAUACCUGAGCCGCGUGUCGCUGGGCGCCAACCACUGGUCUUGCCAGUGCCAGUUUGUCGAGUCCUUCGGCAUCUGGCUCAACGGCAACGACCGGAAGGUUGUGGACGGCAAGGACAUCAAGUGCUACUCGGAGGAGGCAGACGAGGAGCCGGGCUCCUUCAUCACGGACUUCAACGUCACCACGUGUAUGAACAGCACGUCCACCUCCACCGUGAUCCAGCCCAUGGUGCUGGGCAACCUGCUGCACCCCGUCAUCGCCACCUGCGCCUCCUUCGUGGUGGUGGUGCUGCUGGUGCUGUGCUUCCUGUACCGCGGCGCCCUGCGGGUCUGGGUGUUCUCGCGGUGCGGCUUCAGGAUGUGCCACAAGGCCGCCACCACCGACGACCGCGACAAGCUGUUCGAUGCCUUCGUGUCGUACAGCUCCAAGGACGAGGCGUGGGUCAACCAGGUGCUGGCAGGGGAGCUGGAGAGGGGCGAGAGGCCCUAUAGGGUAUGCCUGCACUACCGAGACUUCCCCGUCACUGCUUACAUCGCCGACACCAUCGUGGAGGCCGUGGAGUCUUCGCGCCGCACCAUCAUCGUGCUCUCCAAAAACUUUAUUGAGAACGAAUGGUGCCGCUUCCAGUUCAAGAGCGCCCAUCACGAGGUGUUCAAGAAGCGGCGGCAGCGCCUCAUCGUGGUGGUGCUGGGCGAGAUUCCCUCGCGGGACCUGGACCCCGACCUGCGCCUGUACCUCAAGACCAACACCUGCAUCAAGGCCAGCGACAGUCGCUUUUGGGAGAAGCUCAGGUUCGCCAUGCCCGACGUGCAGAACAGCCAGAGAGUCGUCCACGCCUACAGCUCCAUCCCGGAGAGGUCGUCCUCCUCCACCAACAAGUACAGCGUGAACAGUCCGGCGGGCGUCCACCACAACCUGCACGCCAGCUCGGACGCCUACUGGGCGUAGUGGCGGCCAGGGCUCUGGCAGAGUGCACGAGGACUCUGCGUGUGUGCAUCGUGGAGUGCACGCGCCAGGGGUCUGUAGUUCCUUGGCAGAGCUCUGUUCGCUAGAGACGGACCCAGUGCAGCAGCGGCGCCGCCCGAGGGGCCGACGGAGGCGAGGCCGUGGCCGCCCCUGUCAGGCCGAGGUCCGUCCCGCGGCGCCUGGAGCACAGGAGGACGUGAAGCUUUAAUGGAGUGUCGGCGCGAGGCCGUGGCCAAGUGAGGUGGUGAGCCAAAUUGACAAUUCCACUAUUACUAUUAAUACUGCGUGGCGAGUGUGAGGUGUGAGGGAAGUGUGUGCGUGUGUGAGGGUGAGCAGAGAGUGACUAGAGCAGUACGAGUGGAGAGAGGGAGGCCUGGCCAGGCAGUGAUCGAUGAGGGGCGUGCUAAGUGUGAGUUUUGGAAUACACUCAUCAGUUACGUGCUAAAGUGUCGAGUUACACACAGUGAGUGACUGUUUCCAGUGAGUGGAGAAUGAGAAUAUAUAAAUGUUAAAAAAAAAUAAAUAAAAAUGCAAGUUCCUAUUGCAUGUGAAGUUCAAUGGCAGGCAAGUGAGAUAUGCAUCGUCCUGCAACUCUGGGAGUGUUUGGCUGACAGUGUGGCAUUGCUACCCGCGUGACGGAGAGGAACGAAAGGCGAGGAGAAGAAACAAUGGAAGUGCAGGAAAUAAAGGAAUCCCAGAGUCCUUUAGAAGGGGCUGUUGUGUGGUGUGAGUCCGUAGAGGGGCUCAUAACACCAUCUAGUCAUAUAUAACCAUGCAUAUAUAACUGUGGCUAGGCUUGUGUCCCAUGUUCAGUCGGUUUUUAUAUAACAACGAAAAACAAAACAAGA